AUGGCGCAUCAAGGUGACGGCAGCGCGGGAGCAGGCAACGAGGCUCAAGCAGCGGCAGCAGCGGCGCCCGUGUCUGACACGUACGCCGCUUACUACCAGAACAUGGCGCUGCACUACGCGGAGCAGCAGCGACUGGAGCAACAGCAGCAACAGCACCAGCAGCAAACGGCGGCGUACGGGCAAGGCUCGUCGUAUGAUGCUUGGUAUGCAUACUCGUAUCAGCAGCAACAGCAACAGCAACAGCAGCAGCAGCAGCAGCAGCAGCAGCAGCAACAGCAGCAACAGCAACAGCAACAGCAGGCUCAGGAAGUGCAGGAUCCAGCAGCAGUGGCAGCAGCAGCCGCAGCAGCAUACGCACACUACUCUGCAUACCCCUAUCCUUCGCCCCAGUCCUAUCCGCCCGCUCCCCCUUCCGCCCCAACCCCUCCUCCUGGGGCCCCGUCCCCCCCCACUCCCCCCACUGACCAACCGGACGACAUUGCUCCCCCUGGCGCGGAACCCCUUGCUGCUCCUUCCGCCACCACCGCGCCCACCUCCUUCCCCUCCCCCUAUUACUACACCCCCGGAUCCGUCCUCCCGCCUCCUCCCCCAGCAGGCGGGGCGGAACCCGCCCCACCUCCGCCCCCGCCCCCUUCUGCGUCCCCGCCCCCGCUGCCUCCCCCACCACCCCCCCCUGCACAGCCAGCAGCAGCAGCAGCGCAGGAUGGGGCAGCAAAUUGGAGGUACGGGGGGGAGGCGCAGGAGCAGCGACAAGGUGGGCAGCAGGCCAUGGCGGGUAGUCAAUAUGCACAGCAGCAGCAUGAAGCGGGGGUGGCAGCAGCAGCAUAUGUGCCUGUGGCCCCAGCGGCAACAGCCAAUGAGGCAGGCGGUGGUGGGGCGGCAGGUGCAGGGGCGGGGCAGAAUGGCAAGGCGGGUCAAGGGGCGGAGGGCAGUGCACCGUACUUCAAAUGGCAGUACACCAAUGCACAGGCUCAAAGAAAGCAGCAGCAGCAGCAGGUGAAGGCAGCGAGCAGCGUUCUGCAGUCCAAGUUCCACAUCCCCUUCAACCCCCGCUUCGCCUCCACUCCCACCUCCGCCUCCUCUGCUGCCACGGCAGCAGGAGGGAGAGGCGGCACGGAGGGCAGCAGUGAGCGCGGGGCGGGGGGGCAAAGGGGUGGGGUGGCGUAUGUGUCUGUGGAGGAAGGGGCGGGGAAGAAGGCCACGAGUGUGGACGAGGCUGCUGAUGCUGCCAUCCAGCCGGGCAAGUUCCCCCCGGGGCUAGCAGCGUAUGUGGAGCGGGUGCUGGCGCGCUGCACCACAGCGCAGCACAAGGAGGAGAGCCAGCGACUCAUGAAGCAGAUGAUAACGGAAGCAGCGCGCAACGGCACGUUGUUCACCAAGAACUGGGACACGGAGCCGCUGCCCUCGCUGCUGCACACCGCCCCCGCCCCCACUGCCACCACAACCCCAUCGAGUGCGCUGCCAUCGGCGUCGUCCCCCACGCCCUCGCGCAAGGCCAAGCGGUCGCGCUGGGGAGACCCGCUCGACCAACCCACCUCGCCCGCUGCUGCCCCCUCGCCCAUUCAAACUGGGCGCGCUGCUGCUGCGGCGGCGGCUGCCGCUGGUGGUGGGGUGGGGGUGGGGGGCGGGGCAGUGGAGGACAUGGACUGGGACAUGCUGACCAUCAAGGGCACGUGCAGGAAGGUCGAGAAGAGCUACCUGCGCCUCACUGCUGCUCCCGACCCCUCCACUGUACGACCCCUGGACGUGCUACAGGAGGCACUGGCCAUGGUGCUGGCAGCGCACUCGCAGGGGGGCGCGGAGGAUGAGGAGGCGGGGGUGGGGGGGCAGGGCGGCAAGCGCGGGUACCUGUGGCGGUGCGACCAGCUGAAGAGCAUUCGGCAGGACCUCACGGUGCAGCGCAUCAGAAACGAGUUCACUGUGCAGGUGUAUGAGGUGCAUGCGCGCAUGGCGUUGGAAGCGGCUGACAUGCCCGAGUUCAACCAGUGCCAGGCGCAGCUGAAGGGGCUGUACGCAGAGGGGUGGCGCGGGCACAGGGGCGAGUUCCGCGCGUACGCACUGCUGCACAACGUGCUCUCGCAAGGGCCCCGCUACGACCUGCAGCAUGCCAUCGCCAGGGUGACCAAGGAGGAGCGGCAGGACAGCAUCAUGGCGCAUGCGCUGAGAGUGCGCGAGGCGUUCAGCCGGCGUGACUACAGCAAGUUCUUCUCACUCUACCGCCAUGCACCCACCCUCAUCCAGCUCCUCAUGGACAUGCAGGUGGAGAAGCAGCGGUUUGAGGCGGUGCAGAGCAUGGCAAAGGCGUACCGGCCAUCACUGCCCGUGCAGUACAUCUCACACGUGCUGGCGUUCGGGGAUAGUCGUGACGACAAGGAUGCCGCACAGCCUGGACAGCCUGCCACACAGGGGGACGGGAGUGUGGAGGGCAGAGGGGAGGAGGGCGGUGCAGCAGUGCAGGAGUGCUGCGAGUGGCUCAAGGCGCAUGGGUGUGUGCUGCUGGCCGAGGACACUGCUGAUCCCCUGCUCGACUGCAAGGCGAGCAGCGGGGGGCUGUUCAUGCCAGAGGCGGAGGACGUGGUGCCGCAUGGCGACGCCAACCUGCAGGUCGACGACUUCUUUGCACGCCGCCCCGAUGACGACCCAGACGCCUGA